CGGGCGGGCCGGGCCCCCUUUGUUAUGCGGCCGGGAGGGCGGGGCCUCCGCAGCCUUCGCCGAGGAGCCCCGCGUCGCGAUGUCCUACGUCCCGGGCCAGCCGGUCACCGCUGUGGUGCAACGAGUGGAAAUUCAUAAAUUGCGCCAGGGUGAAAACCUGAUUCUUGGAUUCAGCAUUGGAGGGGGAAUUGACCAGGAUCCAGCUCAGAAUCCCUUCUCCGAGGAUAAGACUGACAAGGGCAUUUAUGUAACCAGAGUGUCGGAAGGAGGACCAGCCGAGGUUGCGGGGCUUCAGAUCGGAGACAAGAUAAUGCAGGUGAACGGCUGGGAUAUGACUAUGGUGACGCACGACCAAGCGAGGAAAAGACUCACAAAGCGGAAUGAGGAAGUGGUCCGGCUCCUGGUGACCCGGCAGGCCCUGCAGAAGGCCGUGCAACAGUCGAUGCUGUCAUAGUGCUGCCCGCCGGGAGACACUUCUUAACCAAAUGAGGUCACCCUGGGGCCACCUUCUCUGCAGACACCGUUGUAAAUGUAUUAGACCAGGAAUGCUUGAUUUUAAAAAACAAAAAGUUUGGGCAAUGCAGACUUUCUCCCCUCUCUCUCCCUCUCUGUGUCUCCCUUCCUUGGCCCAAUUGGAAAAUGAUAUUCCCACCCAGUUGACAUGAUCUGAAAAGUGUUAUUCUGGUGUUUCAUCAGGUUCUAUAUGAAGUUGAUUCCCAGGAAAUCAAAGAACAAGGGGUAAAGGAAUAUAGUCUGAGAGCCAGACCAAAAGCCUACACUUCAGCACUAGGGGACAAGAGUCUUUUUUUUAAACAGUAGGUAAGAAUGAGGUAGAAAUAUUUUUCCCCUUUUUUCUUUAAGCAAAGGGUCUGAGAAGACCUGAGUGUCAUGUAGUUUACUGAGGCUAGGUGAUUUUCUUGUUGAGAGCUUCCUGCAACAUGACGGUGUUGGAAAAGAGCUCUUGUGCCCUCAGGAUGCCUUUGGCUUACACAUGAAGGCAUUUGUAAAAUGAAAGCCCUGAAACCGGUAAGUCAAAUUCUAUUUUCCCAGUGCCUACAAGGUCAGAGUUAAACAGAUAAUCGUUCCUGUCCUUAAGUUGCAGGCUCCUCAUGGACCAGCCUGCAUUUCAGAAACUGUGAUCAGGCCCCUUCCUCCUUAACCAAAAAUGGGAAGUGCAUUCUGAGUCACAGCAAGUUGAAAUUCCCCGCAAGAAGAGGGGAUUGUCCUUUCUAGAUAGUUCAGAGUAUCUCCUCUGUAGAGGGGCUGAAAUGUUAACAGAAACUCCCUCCCAUGAUCUUCAGCAGUUUUUUUUUUUAGUUCACUGUUUAGCUGAGGAACAAGGAAUGAGUCAAGACCACAUAAAACUAGGUUACAGCUGAGCUACCAUCUGUCCUCCAGGUGUGGGAAGCUGAAGCCUUUCCUCUUUCAUUCUUGCCCUAAAUACAUCCAGGACAGCUUUAAGCAGAAAUGGGCAGCAGACAUUUUGCUAGCAGUCUUUGCUUCCUCUGAAUGCAGGAGACUUUCAUGUUUGUUAAAAAAAAAAAAAAUUCUUCCUGCAUUUUGCUUAGCAAAAGCACUCUUCAGGCCAAGGACUCCCUUUCUCUCCUAUUGCUCCUUCUGUCUGUUGGGAUCAGGCUUGUUAAACACUAGUGAAUCCUGGAUUGGAACUGCCUGCAUGUAUGCAAUACAAGUUUUUUUGUGCAGGCACUGCACAGAUGGCUGUUUAGAAAUAGUUUCCUAACACUUUUGGAGGAUUGGUGCUGAGAUGCAUAACAAAGUUUUACACUACAGUAGGCUGCUCCCCCGCUGACACUGCUGCUUUUCCUACCCAACGCCGAGAGCCAGACUCUCUCCUCUGUUGUCUUUCCCAGCGAUUGUUUUAAAUUGGAAUAUUACCCGCCUCCGGUUUCAUUACUGAAUCGUUUCAGCUUCCCCUGCUAUCUCCCCCAACAGUUGUCAUUGCUCUCACCCUCUUUGUAAAUAGGAAAACACUGAAGCAGUUAUAGGGUAACUUAUUUCAGGAUGGUGCAAUUAGUCUGGUUCUGAUGCCACAUUGCUCUUAAUCUUGAUGGACAAGCUGUUCUUUUCUCUUGUAUUUUUCCUAUCAGCAUUUUAUAUGCCUUACAUUUUAUACCCGACAGUACCGACGGCGAGUGCUGAUGUUUUUGGAGUUGUCGUUAAUACAAAUCACGUGGUAACAAUUUUACACCUAGGCCUUAUUUUUGUUACUUUAGAAUGUGGGGAGAAGUGCACAGUCUAAUAUUUUCUCAAUUUCUUAAUAAUAAAUGAAGCUGGAUUUCA